UUUCAAUUAUUAGUGAGCUAUUACCUAAUGCAGAGCACAGAAUGUGUGCUCGACAUAUUUGGUCUAAUUGGGCCAAAAUCUGGAGAGGGGAAGAAAGAAGAAUGCAAUUUUGGAAAUGUGCUAAGUCUUCAUAUGAAAUAAAAUUCAAGGAAGAAAUUGCAAACAUGGCAAAACUUGGUAAGAAGGAGAUAUGUGAAGACUUACUCGCAUAUAACAAAGAAUGCUGGUGUAGGGCUUACUUUUCUACAUGUUCUAAAUGUGAUAUUGUUGAGAAUAAUAUGUGUGAAACCUUCAAUUCUUGGAUAGUAUGACCAAGACAUAAGUCAAUUAUUACUAUGUUAGAGGAAAUUAGACAUAAAAUUAUGAAUAGGCAUGUUGAUAUGAGGAGAUUUGCUGAGACCUGGAUAAUAGACAUUUCACCAAUGGCAAGGUUAAUAUUAGAAGAAAACAAAGAGCUUUCUAGGAAGUGUAAAGUGUUGUGGAAUGGAGAUUCUGGAUUGAAAUAAGUGAUAGUGACAAAAGGUUUAUUGUUGACUUAGUAAGAAGGACAUGCACAUGUAGAACUUGGCAGUUGAGAGGCAUUCCAUGUGCUCAUGCUGUUUGUGCCUUCUAUGACUUAGACCAAGAACCAGAGAAUGAAGUUGAGGAUUGGUACAGACAGAAUGUGUUUGUAAAGGCUUACCAAUAUGUCAUAAAACUCAUGCCUAAUAUGAAGAUGUGGCUUGAAACAAACAACCCCUCUAUUGAACCUCAUGAACCAAAACCAAUGUCAGGAAGACCUAAAAGAUGCAGGAGAAAGUCAAAGGAUGAGCCAAAAAGGAAAUAUGGAAAGUUGUCAAAGAAUGGGGUGAAAAUGACUUGCUCAAAGUAUCAUCAAUUGCGCCACAACAGAACUUCUUGUAAAUCAGUGCCUGUAUCAACUUCCAAUCAGCCAAGUCAACCAACUCAACAAUCUCAACCAAUCCCACCAGCUCCAAGUAGAUCAUUUCAAACUAGCAAUCCACCUUCAAUGUGUAAUGACACAUCCGCAGUGAAAAGAAGUAGCCAAAAUCAGUCUACCGGUAUAGGCAGGGGAGGGGGUAGAGGUCUGGGACUUAAAAGGCCAAGGCCAGCAGCAGGUUUUGGAGUAUAUACAUACAUUAGGAGUGGAAGAACAUUUAUCAAUCCCGGUAUACCUUCUGAGAGAGUGAUAAUACCUGGAACUUACAAAGAUACAUCUGCAACAAAUAUAGAUCUUGAAUUUAAACCUCAUGGUCUCAAAUGGAAGGGGGAAAAUGCAGUAACAACUUCUCAACUGCAGCAGAUGCGAGCAAUAAGGAAUAUAGGGUCUUUUCAACAAAGUGGAAGCAACAUGUCUUCCUUUUGAUAAAAAC